AUGGACAACAUUGAUACCUUCCAUGAUCCGUCACAGUCACUAGCGCCCGAAAUCAGGGAUGCACCACAACCAUUCGAUGACACAAACGCCGACAUCAUCCUCCGCACGGGCGAUCUCGUCGAUUUUCGAGUCUAUAAAACCAUUCUCUCCAUCGCCUCCCCCUUCUUCCAGGCCAUGUUUUCUCUGCCUCAGCGCCCCGAAGCCGACGAAAUCCAAGAUGACGAAACUAGACACGGACUACGCGUCGUCCCUGUGCCAGAGGAUUCAUCU